AUGAACCAAAACGAAGCGAACCUCCACUUUACAUACGAGUGGAGCCGAACAUCACUGACAUACCUAGAUCUGAACAUAGAGGUGAAGGAAGGUGCCAUUGAAACAUCAACAUACUUCAAAAAGGUGGACAGUAACAACUACGUCCACCAGACUAGUUGUCACCACAAGAAUUGGAAGAACAAUAUUCCGAAAGGGCAAUUCCUGAGGAUGAAGAAGAAUUGCUUGGACCCCCAAAAAUGGGAGGAGCAAGCACAAACUAUAAAAACUAAAUUCCUGGAGAGAGGGUAUAAGGAGGAACUUCUAGAUCAAAAGAUAGAAGAAAUCAGAGAUAUUGAGAGGAAGGAAUUGACUAAAUAUAAAAACAAGGUCGACAGAAUAGGCGACAACCAAGCUAUAAAUGUGCCGCUAAUUACUGAAUAUAGCGAAAACAGUAAAAUUAUUGAAGACAUCUUUCGCAGACAUUGGAACAUACUUAUGGACGACGAGAUUCUUGGAGAAAAACUACCACGAAAACCAAAAUUCGUAUAUAGAAGAACUAAGAACUUAAAAAGUAAACUCGCUCCAAGUAUACAAAAGAAAAAACCAUCUGAAGUGAAAGAUACAUUUGGAAAAACAGAACACUGUGUGCCAGGAACCUUGUUUUUUCGAUCCUACUUCUUGGGGAGCCUUUCUGACCGCGCACUGUUUGUUUAUCUGUCAUUAGAGCCGCGUUGGCUGCUAUUGCAGCUGUUGUGGGAGAUGCUGCAGACUCAGACUUCAUUAGCUGAGUCCGUGGAUGGGGACGAGCUAAGAAGUGACGAUGGAUUCCCGGAGGAGCGGAAAGGAGAACGGCAGAGCUGCAGCUUCUAUUCAUUCUAUGUUUAUCAGCCUGGGAGCCUGUCCCACAAUGCAGCCGAUAGUGAUGACGGAUGCCCAUCCAGUGCUUUUGGAGAAGCUCCCUCAACAGAAAAUUUCAGUCUUUCCUUGGUGGAUACAGACUUACCAGCCGAAGCAGAACCAGAACUCAGAAGUUUUAUUGCUAAGCGUCUGUCACGAGGAGCCCUUUUUGAGGGAAUGGGCAAUGUUGCAUCUGUAGAACUAAGUUUUCCAGACUACUGUAUGGGCUGCUACUACUGCUUAUUACAAGACAAGACACAUGAAGCCACAAACUCUGAAUCCAACGUCCGUCCUCCUGAAUACAUAGUUUGCUUUUUAGGAGGCUCUGAAAAAGGACUUGAUUUAUUUAGGCUGGAACUUGACAAAUAUAUUGAAAAUCUCAAAAGCAAACUUGACCCACAGAUGGAUAAUCUGGAUUCAUGUAUUACACCUUACUUGAGGAGCUGGUUUGAAGACUCUGUGUUGCCUGUUUAUCGAGUGGUGCAUCUCUUUCAGGACAAGCUGGCCUAUUUAUUGCAUGCUGCUCUGACUUACACACCUGUUGAAGUGAAAAACUCAGACAACAGAACUCAGAAUGACAUAAACAGGUUCUUAAGCUCUGCCAGCCUACAAGGCCUUGUACAAGAAGGAACAAUGACGUCUCUGUGCAUUGCCAUGACUGAAGAGAGCAAUAGAUUCAUCACUGUAGACUGUAGUGACGCACAACCACAUGUUACUAAUGCAGGAAGCAACAAAUUCUGUGAUGACUGGAUGCAGACCUUUAUUAGCAGCUACGAUGGAGGAAAUCCUUUUCUUUUCCGCCAGAAAUUGGACAACUUUAAACUAAAGGCUAUACAGGACUUGAACAUCCUGAAAAGACUUAUACGUCAAGCAGAAAUGAGCCACUAUGCUCUGUACAAGUGUUAUAUGUUUCUAAAGAACUGUGGUAACGGAGAUGUCCUCCUGCAGAUAGUGAAGGUUGAACAUGCAGAAAUGCCGGAAGCCAGUAGUGUGGUGCAAGUUCUUGAAGAAUUUAUCAAUGAAGUGGGAUUUUCCCUCCAUAGUUCCUGAUUUGUUUGUGUGACGCUAUUUCAUCUGUGCGUGCUUGUCAUGUGUAUUACACUAAGCUCAAUAACGUGUGCCUUAGUUUGGGGUACGUUUUGCAAAGCCUUCCUUUUUUAUCUUGUUUGUUCCAGUUGUAUCUACAAACUAAAGGAUACUAACUCUUUAAAACACAAAAAAACUUUAUUCUGCAUACAACUAUGUAUUACAGUUUAGAGAAGAUUUCAUUGUUCACAAGCUAAUUGUUAAUGUUUCCCAGUGGACAAACCAUCUUGUUUUUGAUCUAGUUGAAAACUGGGAUGUUUAGUAGCAAGAUCUAUGACUGACUCACUUGUCUUAAUCCAUUGUUCUGUGUUCAGUAAGGGAGAUGAAAAACAAAGCAUAUUUAUAAACACUAUACCAUUUCUGUUAAUUUAAAAUUUAGGACCACUUUAUUGUAAGUCAUUUUUUUUAUAAUGUUAUAAAAAUGUAUUGUUGUUUGUUGUAUGUGAGGAAUCCUUGUCUCUUGAUCUGCUCUCAGCAAUAAGGGAUGGAUAUCUUGAUGGUCCACAUUUAGAACACAACCAUAUUGUUUUAUAUCAUUUUAUUUUGCGUUUGGGGUGACUGUUUGUCAUGCAAAUAUUUGAAGUUUGCAUGAAAUGAUUUUACUGUAAAAAUGCAGUUCCCUAUUAAAUACUACUGCACUUUGCGUCUUCUGCAUAUAGAUAUUUUAAAGAAACAUUUUAAUGUAAAAGUAUGAGGUCUCAUAGUUCUAAUUGGGCAUUUUUGAUAUUGUGUAAUAAUUGAAAAUUCUAUAUCUGAUCAGUUUUGUAAUGAAUUGUUGAUUAUUAGUUAUAUUAUAAUUACAUUGCUUUAACUUAUUUUUUAGCCCUUUUUUUGCUGCUUUUACUUGGCAUUCUAACAGAUAAUAGGAAGUCUCUCCAAAUCUUAUGUUAUGAAUUAGAGACAGUGCACUAAAGUCCUUAAAUGCAUUAGUAAAUAUUGUCUGUAGAAUAACAAA